GCGACAUGCGGCAUAGUUGAAUAUCCUCGAUGCUCGACAACUACUCGUUCGGGACGCUGGUCGCGUGCGACGCCGACUGCCGCUGGGUCGGGAAUGGCCGCCGCCUUGUGUCCAGCGAGCGCAUACUGCACGAGAUGCUCGCGAUGCACCACCGCGGUGACGACGCCGCGUACGAUGCGGCCAAGCGCAACCUCCGCGCCCACAUGGCCUACAUGGAAGAGGUCUAUUGGCACGCCAAUGCGCUCAACCACCAGCUCACCAUGAAGCUCGGGCUCAACCCGCGCCACUUGACGGACUCGGAUGCCAAGACCGACCCAUUUCUUGUCGCGCGGACGAAUCUCAUGCUGUCCAAGGCGCCGUCGGUUCGUCAGCUCCAGUCGACAUCGCCAACGCUGCCAACGUCGCUCAAUUGGUGCUCUACCAACAACCCCAAGAAGCGCAGCGUCUGUGCAGAAGUCAAGAGCCAAAAGUCCUGUGGGUCGUGCUGGGCGUUUGCAGCAUCAGAUCUGAUCGAGACUGCUGUCGCGUAUACCACGGGGAAUGCGCCGGUCGCCCUCUCGUCGCAGCAACUCUUGAGCUGCAGCAAGCGCGCCGAAGUGCACACGUACAACUACUGCUUUGCGAAUUCGGGGAACGUGCCCAAGUGGCUCCAGCCGCGUAUGCCGUGGAGCUCGCAGAACAACGGCUGCGACGGCGGAAUGACGCACAUUGCUCUCUCGGAAGCGGCGACGCGGAUCAAAAACCUUGCCACGCGCCUUGAUUGGCCGUACGCCGAGGACAACGCCGCUGCCUCCGGGGGCGGUCCCGUCGGCCCCGUCACCCCCAGUAGCACCAAUGGGCGGCGUGAGACGCCAGCUGCCGGCUACAACACGUGCGGGUCCUUGCGUCCAGACAAUGCAACGGCCGCGCACAUUUCGGGAUGGGAGCCGGCUCUCAACGAGAAGAGCUGCACCGACACAAAGGACCCGGCGGUACUGCUCCGACGCGCCCUCCAGACGGGCCCGCUUGCAGUCGCAAUCAACGCCCGAGACGGCGGCUUCAAGGACUACAAGAACGGCUUGCACAUUUGCCCGGAUAUCACGCAGCCGAGCAUGAUCGACCACGCGCUCCUCCUCGUGGGGUAUGACUCGGGUCCGAGCGGCGACUAUUGGAUAUUGAAAAACUCGUACUCGACGCAGUGGGGCCUCCAGGGCUUUGUGCACAUCAAGGCCGACGAUCGACUCAACUGCGGUCUCAACGUGUUUCCCAUCCGUGUCCUCGGCGCGUCGGCGGGAUCGGCGGCCAACGUGACGGUCGACGGCGGCGGCGACUUGGACUUCGCCGGCCUCUCGUUUGACACGUGGAUCAUUGUGGCGGCAGGCGUUGCCCUCGGAACGCUCAUCCUUACUGUUGCAGGUCUUGUCGUCGCCAAGACACGGAUGCGUCGCCACUACUAAUUCCACUGUCAUUUUGCUGUA